UCGCUGCCCGGGAGGCCGUGCAGUUCAGUCCAGCGGGUGCCAGGUGGGCCGGUGCUGAACAGAUUGUGGAUCACUGGUGGGGUCUGCAAGUCAGAGAGCUCCCGAGGGAGGAGGCUCGGAGGAGAGUGCCUGCCUCAUUUUACCCCUCUGCGUUGCUAGCGCGUCGGCCUCAGAGAACUCCCGGCUGCGUCCCAGGUCGUUCUGUCCCGCGAGGGAAACGGAGCCGUUGACCAUGGUUGCAACUGGCAGUUUGAGCAGUAAGAACCCGGGCAGCAUUUCAGAGUUGGUGGACCCUGGCUUCUACCCGAGGAGCCUGCUAAAUGAUUUGGACUACUGGGAUUAUGUUGUUCCUGAACCCAACCUCAGUGAGGUGAUAUUUGAGGAGACCACUUGCCAGAGUUUGGUUAAAAUGCUAGAGAACUGCCUGUCCCAAUCAAAGCAAACCAAACUGGGUUGUUCAAAAGUCCUUGUCCCUGAGAAACUGACCCAGAGAAUUGCUCAAGAUGUCCUUCGCCUCUCCUCCACAGAGCCCUGUGGCCUGCGAGGCUGUGUUAUGAACGUGAUCAUGGAAGUUGGAAAUGUAUGUAUAAAGCUGGAUAAGAUAGUGUGUGACUCAAGUGUGGUGCCUACUUUUGAGCUGACACUGGUGUUUAAGCAGGAGAACUGCUCAUGGACCAGCUUCAGGGACUUUUUCUUUAGUCGAAGUCGCUUCUCAUCCAGCCUCAGACGAACCAUGAUCCUGAGCUCAGGAUUUCGUCUUGUUAAGAAAAAGCUUUACUCCCUGAUUGGAACAACAGUCAUUGAAGAGUGCUGAAGGGAAACAUUUAAAAAGGUCCUUUUAUGAUUGGGUAAUAAAACUCUUGCAGCUGCUCAGUUACGGUCAUUGUAGUUUGCCCUGCUUGUUCUCAACAAGAAACCCCAAAUCAAGUUCAUCUUCUGUAUUUCGUAGUCUCAGCAACCUGUUAUUUUGUGGCUUUUGAGAAACGACCCCAGUGUCUGCAUUCUAUCACUUUUUUUUUUCUUUACAGAAUGGAAUGGCAUGGAAUAAGGAAGGGAAAGGAGCAAUGCACUUUAGUUUUGUAUUUGACUCCACAAAGUUUUCCAUGUAGUCUUGCUAAUGCACUAGUAAACCAACUUUGCUUAGUUUUAUUUUUGUAUGGCUCUUUGUAAGUUUUUCAGAUUGAUCCUGUCAAUCACAAUGAGUGAUGCUUAGUCCAUCAAAACUUCCAGAAGCCCAAACCACCAAUUUCCUGCCUCUAUUUCAAUUUGAAGAGUUCUUUUACAAGAGGAUAGAAUUAAGUGGGUGAGCAUCAUUAAAACUAAACCCCAUGCAAGAGUGAAUAGAAAUGUCACCAGGAGAACAGAAUGCUUCACUGUUUUCUUCUAUUCUCUCUGCUCUUCUGUUCUAAAGAGGUGGCAAAAUCUUGAGCUGCCAUUUGAGUAACCACAGUAUUGUUUUAAAUAGCUUUAUGGUAUAGUACAAAUUCAGUUUUUCUAAUUCUCAAGUAUUGAAUGAUAUCUUUAAACUAGAAAAAAUGGAAAGUGUUGAACUGUUAUUUUACCUAUAGUUGAUUACUCUUCCAUUACGUGAAUGUGUACAGGAAUAGGACAUGAGUUCUCAGAUCUCGUCACUUUCUGAUGAUCUAGCCUCUUCUCACUAAUCUCAGAUGAACCUUCUGACUACUCAGUGUUAUCCCUAGCCUCUCCCGGGAUCUCUCAGGUAUCUCUCCUUUACCCAGAUCUUCAAAGGAGAUAACUGCAGACUACCAUCUUUCACUAUUAAGAUGUGUCUGUUACUACAGACUAGAGAAUGAGAACCUGGCCUAGUUAACCAGUUCACCCACCCAGCUUUCUUCAGCCUUGCAAACCUGUCCCUUGGGAACAAUAAAGGCCUUAAUUUUUUCUUGCCCCUACUACCUAGAUCGUUAUCCUUUUUAAGCCAAUGAGAGGAUGUAGCCUCCACACUACAAUGUUCAUUUCUACAAGACCUUAACAUCCUUACUCUAGGUUAGGGAUAAGGAGCUUACUCAGAUUGGCCACCCAAGCUAUUAGCUCCACUUGACAGACGUGAGGGCGGUAGGGGCAGAUGGCUUCAUCCUGGUGUAACUCAGAAGCAGGUUGAUCCUGUUACUGAUCCCAUGAGUGACCUAAAGCUUCACUAUUUAAAUCAUAAAGCCAUCUCUAGGCCUGGGCCAGUGCAAGUCAACCCUGUUUUGCAUGUCUAUUCUUAGGGCUCUAAAAGGUGCCUGUGAUUCUGAGGGCCAGGCUUCUCUGGCAGGAUGUCGAACUGUUGUCCCUUGUCCUCUUAACAGUUGUCCUUGACUCUUGUCUGUUAUGCUCACAAAGUGGUGAUGAUGGCUUAUGGAGACUCUUAAGUUAAUAUUUCUGUUAAAGGAAAUUAAAGUUUGUCUAUUUUUGACAAUAAAGCAUCAUAUAUUUUUAA